GAACCUUAUGCUAAAACAUAUGUUAAAAGUUAUUUUAUUAUCAUUAUUGUUCUCAAAAUAUGACAUUUGUAUUGUUGUCAGUGCUCAAAAACGACCGGUUGCUUUCUAUUUUUUGGGGGGAAAUCAGAUGUUUACGCCUAGUAAGAUAAUUUGCGAUUAAUCUGCGAAUAAUAGUCUGGACAUCAGUUGUGAUUACAAGACAUUUCUUUCAGCUUAGACCGACGAAAAAAUGCCUGGAAAAAACACAAACUUGGCUGGGGUCCUGAUACCAGUGUGAACUGGAGUGGAGGGUUUGAUGAUUAGUGUUCACGUACUGCUGACAGCAAAGGCGCACUGGCAAUCUCAUUAUAGACGUUUAGGCCUUUGCCAAAAUAUAGCCCUAACAUGUGGUGUUGUCUCGGUCUGUCGCAGAGGCAGAUUCUAAACCAACCAUCUGGGGGCGCUGUGACAUAAAGCACAGAUAAGAAUUGCAUAGGUUCUAUGUUUGCAGAGGUUAAAAUUAAUGAUUGUAAACCUGUAAAGUGCAUGGCGUUCAAAAGCAUGCCCUUUGGAGUGCAACUUCUGUACAAAUGUUUUGAUCUUGCCUACAUGGCGAUGAAGGUCUGGAAGGAGUGUGGGGAAAAUCUGUUCUGGUUCUAUUUUCAGACGCUUGCUUGCUAUUUAGACCAGCCUGUUUCCUCUUAAGAGUAUGUGACAUAUAGAUCUGUUUUGAAUUAGACCGUUAACCUCAGUUACAUAUUUUUAAAAUCACUGUGUCACUAUACUAAACGUUUUAAUAUAUUGGCUUGACCAAUCUCUUACAAUUGUAAAGUAAUUUGUACACAAUACAUUCGCUAGUGUUAAAUCAACACUGUUAGUUUUAAAUUAACAUAUAACACUAACAGUGUUGAUCUCACACUAGCGAAUUUACUCGGUAUUAAGCAAAUAGUAUUAAAACGUUUGCACUAUUUGAAGCAAAAUGGAUAGAAUGCAUUUUUCAGUACUGUACUACUUUUCCCCGUCAUGUGAUGUUAUGUUGACGUUGACGUUAUUCAUCUGAAAAGCCCUUUAUAUUUAAAUCAUUACAAUUCUGAUAACCAUACAUCUUGCAACCAAACAUACCUUGCAACGAGUAGCUGUAUCGAGGGUUUUAAUACUCAAAUCUGAAAAAUAAAAAACAUUUUAAAAUAUUUAAUUGUGCUGCUGAUCCAUAUGCCCUGCUCUCAUGGUCAAAUUCAGUUUAAAUAAUUCCUAAUGUUGUAUCAAAUAGUUUUAAUUCCGUAUCCUUUGUCGUUUAAUUUUUAGGUCAAAAAACUGUCUGGUGACAGCUUACCAAUGCGUAUGCAAAAAUCAUAAUUCAUUUUUAUUUAGCGAGGUUUCUAACUUACAAAAUUCUUUUCGAUUCCUUCACUGAGGAUGUAUCACUGCUUUUAUUCGAUACGCAGCAAAAUCUCUGUCGUAGUGCACUCGCAGCUUUUUACUGCGCACAAGCGAGGUUUUAUGCAUGGUUUUAUUUUACGACAACGUCACAGGCCAGUUAUAAGCAUCAACGCUUUUAUCGCCCAUGUGUGAUGUCUCAGUCUGACUGUAUUCCUCGUGUUAUAUCUGCUGUCGUUUAGUUAUUGGUUAGACGUUUCUGGCUACGAUAGAGAUGAGCUUAACAAUGAGUAUUACUCCAAUUCCAAUUUCUCCGUUGCGGUGUUGAAUCUGUGUCUUUUGUGUGGUAGUAGGUAGAUUUUGUAGAGCUUAAAAAUAUUUGCAAUUUUAGCAUUUGAGUUUCAAGUAAAAAAAAUAAAUGCUAAAGGCUAAAAAAAGAAUUUUCUCACACACACACACACACACACACACCUCAUUUACAUGCACUCUUUAACAAGAGGUUUAUUUAACUGAUCGACUUGCUAUACGUGAUCUACUGCUUUCUUAUCGCAUCAUAAGGUUUAAUUUAAAGAUUUGAGCUGAUUUCUUUAUUUUUUAACUUGCAUUUUUAAACAUGGGGUUAGUUUAGUAAUGCAAUUAAAAAAGUAGCAUGUUGUAAAACUGAUGUGUGAAGAAUAUUUAAAAGAUUUAGGGAAAUAUUGAUCUUUCGGGAGACUUCAUUUUGUUGCAUCUGCAUCUCUGCACUUUACUCCAGAUUUUAUUUCUCUCAAAUUUAAAGGAGGAUUUGAGCACUGUGUAGAUAUGUGUUUUUUGGAAGGUAUGGCUUUUAACAAUGAGUUCAAAAUAAUGAACAGUUUUUAUUAUUUUUUAUUGUUUGUGGAUUUUUUCUUUGCUUCAGAGAGGCUGCUUUUAAAAUACGCUUUCAUUUUCUUUUAAUAUCUGAUAUUGCUAUUUCACUGGAUCGCUUGCUUUUUGUUUAUUCUGUUUGAUUGCAUUGUACCCAACGAAAUGUUUCGGAGCGUUUUCCAGCGAGGUCACGGUAUUGUGUUUUGUUUCAGCAGUGAUAAUUUUUCCACUGCAAAGUCGUUAACCUCUGCAUGACCCUGUCCCAGCCUGUAGCCUCGAGUAGGGCAGUGAGGGGGGAAUUCUUCGGUUAUACCAAAGGGUGGCGCAACACUACAGUUCUAAACAGCACCGCUAGAGCCUUCAAACAAUUCCACCCAGAUUUCCUGCUCGCGCGUGAGUUUACCGCUGGAGGUCAUCACACAGGAUUUACGACUGGUCAACAAAAAACACGUGACUUCAACCCAUACCCCAUAUUUGGGCGCCUACGUAAGAGAGCAUGAAGUCUGUGUCUCAGUCAUUUCCAUAAUUCAUCAUAAAUUGUGCAAGGGUGCAAUAGACGCGCAAAAGCAUCAAGAGACACAAAUCAAGCACGCGCGGCAUUGUUGUUCUCUCCACGGUGGUAAUAAUAACAAUAAUACCGGCAGAGCAAUUAUCAGGUAAUCGCUGUCAACCAACCAAUGAGCUCUUAUUUUGUAAACUCAUUCUGCGGUCGCUAUCCAAAUGGCGCGGACUAUCCGUUACAUAACUAUGGGGAUCACGGUUCAGGCGACCAAUACCGAGACUCUACGGGCAUGCAUUCCAGCAGGUAUGGCUACGGGACAGCGGGAUACAACGGCAUGGACCUCAGUACCGGUCGCUCCACGACCGGCCACUUCGUCCCUUCCGGAGAACAGGCUCAAAGCUACAGCCAGAGUCCAACGGCGACGCCUGUUGACGCCCGGUACAGUCAGCCGAUCACCGCGAGUAACGCUACUCCCCAGUCACCUCCUUCCGACUCGCUGCCGUGCUCUUCCGUCGACAGUUCUCCGGUUAGCGAACCAGCUCACCGCGCCCUGAAAAGCUCCAUAACAAAUUCUACUGUCUCCACGGGCAACCCCGGGCUGGGGUGCAAGGACGUCCCCAAAACGUGCAACAGCGUGGAGGAAGAGAAGCCCACGGGAAGUGCGCAGACGACUUCACAGAGUGUGUCCGAGACGUCCCAGCCUCAGAUCUACCCCUGGAUGCGAAAACUUCAUCUGAGUCAUGACUUGUCUGGCCCAGAGGGAAAGAGGGCGAGGACAGCCUACACGCGCUACCAGACCCUCGAGCUGGAGAAGGAGUUCCACUUCAACCGGUACCUGACACGACGACGGCGAAUAGAAAUUGCCCACACGCUCUGUCUCUCAGAACGACAGAUCAAAAUCUGGUUUCAAAAUCGGAGGAUGAAGUGGAAAAAGGACAACAAGCUAAAAAGCAUGAGCAUGGCUGCUGCGGGGGGUGUAUACAGGCCUUGAACGCGUGCAUGUAUAUGCGUGCACGUGUAUAUGUGCGUAUGUGUAUUCUAUUUUAUCCUUAUUGUAUGCACUCUGUAAUUAAGGUGAAUUGGGAAAAUUAAGUGAUAUGAUUUACCCCUCCACCUUCUUGAUUUCGAGAGACUUUCCACUGGCCGUUUGCAGUAAACGCCCCCUACGUUCUGCACUUGGCGUAAAAAACAACCGUUUACUUUGGAUUGUCCAUCCAGUAAUGUUUGUGUGAGGUGACCGCUGCGUUGUAAACUUGUAUGUAGAAUUAGAAAAUCCACAUGAACGUGUAGGCUAAACUUCUAACUUAUGUCCAUUUCUUACGAAAAGUGCUCAAACAGUUAACGUUGGCUUAUGUUGCACUCAUAAAAUAAUCGAAGGACUUAUCGAGGAACUAGAAGUUAUAUUGACGUCCUCUAAUGUGUAAAUAUGAAACGUUGGAUGUAUUUAUUUGUUCAUCUCUGAUUCAUUUCAGGUUUUGAAGUUCUACUGAGGUAGAGGGGCUACCUGGCCGUAAUGUAUUUCACCACUGUGUGUUGUGAUAACAUGGAUGUUCAGAUUUGUUCUCAUACAUGUGCAUUAAAAAGUCUUAUCUUUGCACGUUAAAACCAACUACUUGGGCGUGAUGAUUUACUUGGGUUUGUUUUUUUAUUACUAGCAUAAUAUUAAUGUUGUGAAGAUUUUUUUUUCAUUGUAAAUAUUUUAUUAAUAACUGGAACUUUAACUGAUGUAAUAAUGUCACUAGUAAAUAUUAUGGUUUAUGGUUACGUCAAUAAAAUUUUUACUCU